UUGAGUCGAAUCAAGGUGGAGAAUCUAUUUAGCGGGCACAUUUGGCUGUUCAUGUGCCGAAAGUGGCUGUUGACACCACUUUGGAUAGAACAUUUUAUGUUACAUGUCCAGAGGAGCCUGUGAGAAGAAAGGACUUCUUCCUGAUAGAUCUGACCUAUAAGCUCAGGACACACCAUGUGUGGUUCUCGGUUUUUGCUGGUUUUGUUGCUAAACCAUUCAGUAGACUCCGAAGAUUGUCCUGUUGCUUAGCAACACUGCUAAGUGCUCUUCUUUGCAAUGCUAUGUUCUUUACUCUGAACAGGCACAAGCAGGCUACAUCAAGAGAGGGGCACUACAUCAGAUUAAUGAUGAUAGGAAUUGAAAGUGUCUUAAUCACAAUCCCGGUGUAAUCGUUAAUAACUUUUUUCUUCACCCACUCCCAGAAGAAACCCCAAGUAGAUCUAGAUGAGGUAGUUCCUCAAAAGCAUCCUCUGACUUUGGAAGGAAGUGAGCGCUGGGAGGAGCGCUUGUAUAAGUGCUGUGUACAUGAAGCUGCCAGAGGGUAUAGCAGGGAAGCCUCGACGCCCACUAUGAAGGUUUUGGCCGGAAAACCAAAGGCUUCUCUCCAGGUGACCACUGAGACAACAGAGACUAAUACAAAUGUCAAUAACAGAAAGGUGGAAGACAUUGCAGAUGCCUCUUCUGGAGAACCCUCUUCCCAACAGGACCCUAAACACCCUAAGAUACAGCCCUGGAUCGCCCUGUCUCGGUGGUGUGCUUAUGUAGCAUGGUUCUUUGUGCUCAGCACGUGUACCAUAUCCUCAUUCUUUAUCAUAUUCUAUGGCCUGACUUACAGCUACAACAAAUCAGUAGAGUGGCUCUUCGCAUCUUUUUGUUCAUUGUGUCAGUCAGUUUUUCUGGUGCAGCCAUUUAAGAUUAUACUCUGGUCAGGCAUCAGAUGGACAAGUAAACCCAAGUACUGUAAAAACUUGGCAUGGUCAACUAAGUAUCAGUCUAUUGAGAUCAAGCUUCGGGGGAUGAGGAUGCGUCCGGAUGAAAUGCAGAAGCUCCAGGAGCAUGUCACUCACCUGCGAGGCUCAAGGAUGUACCAGCCCCUCAUGGAAGAUGAAGUCAGGAUAUUCAGAAGGAGGAAGAGGGUCAGGAGAAGAGCUGUCUUACUCCUGAGCUACAUCGUGACUCAUUGCAUCUUCCUGGCCCUGCUGUUGUUCCUCAUUGUCCUGCUGCACCACACCGAUAGCUUCUACUACAACCAGUUCAUCCGAGACUGCUUCUCUGUGGACCUUGCUGCCGUGACAAAGCUGGAGGACAUCUACAAAUGGCUCAACCGCGUGCUCUUGCCUUUGUUCCACAAUGACUGAACCCGACCUUUCUUCCUGACAGCUCCUCCAAGAUCUUGAGGCUUUCACUCAGGAGACAAGUGAGG